CCAUGUCAAGCCCCAGGAUCCUAGUACCACCUCAACUGUCUCGCUGCCACGAUCAACCAUGUUGGCCCCAAGAUUUCCAAGCACGUAAUGUGCUCACGGUUUUGUAAUCUUCGUGUUCGAGAAGGCUGACCGUGCCAUGGAUGUGGUACUGUCGCAACUAUUGCCCUGGCUGCGCCAUCGUGAAAGAGGCAUUGCGGUACGAUGCUUCAUCCAUGUGAUGCCUGUCUUCUUCUCGCAUCGACUUUCCACCCCCAGCCCUGACCUCAUCCAACAAGCACGUGCGAUACCCCCCAAUCUCAUCGUGUUUUUUUUACAUCGGAAAUAGUCGUUCGUUGCUGGCCUUGCGAGCUUGGUGGCUUGGUG